AAGACCACCACCCUCCAGAAACAGCUAGGAUCCGGUCCAGCCUUCCCGCCCUUCGGCAACACAAGCCAAGAGUCCGAUUGAGCAAAACAACCCUUCAAAACCCCCCUCAAGCCCAUCCACCAUGGCAGAAGACGACCACACCAAUCCCGCCAAUUUGCCUCACGCUCACAACACCAACCCCCCCGAUGAUAUCCCGACUCAACCCGCAGCUCCUAGCAAUGAGCAGCAACACCCAACUAGGAACCCCGCUCCUCCGGUUUCCUUCCCCCGGCCCGCCCCGACCUUCCACGAAGACGAGGAAAAGUCAAGGCGCCUCUUCAGCGCAUCGGUGCAGGCACCACAUUCGAUAGUCAACGGAAGUGCUAUUGACGUGAAACGGGAGAUAACGGUGCGCGGCAAGCGGUGCGAGCGCUGCCCCAAGAUCACAUUUACCUCGUCCAGCCAGUCCAUCUCGGUCGGGGGGUUCGCGGCUGGUGGCUCCGCGGGCAGAACACAGACACUCUUUGCUUCCUACAACACCACCAACACCCGCGAGACCGUCUCCCCAUCCCCCGUCCCCCACAAUGCGGCCGCCUACCUGGUCCUCGGCAUCUUUUCACCCAUCGACCGCCAGCCCCGCGAAAAGGUCGUCGUCAUCCGACCCAACGAUGCAAAGAACCUCUUCCUCAAGGUGCGGUUCGCCACCAUGCAGCUCCGUGGCGCGGGCUACUUCUUCAGCCUCAAGUCGGUGCGGGCCUUCCGCCUGUACCGGUGCCUCACGUCCUCGGGCGAGCACCAGCAGCUGGCUAUGGAUGAUGCCGCGCGCGCUGAUCUCAGGCAGUUCAAGGCGGCGUAUAAGAAGAACCCGUGGCCGCCGGCGGUGGUGGGUGAGAAGUGGACGCGGUGGACGUUUGAGUGCUUGGAUGGCGGGUCGUUGGAUGUGAUGGAUGAGCGGGCCUACUCGUUGGAGGUGGUGCUGGGGUGGUCGCCGUCGAGGAUUGCGAUUGCGGUGCUGUCGCCGGUGGUGUUGAGUUUGGUGGUGGGGUUGUGGCUGAACGCGAGGGAUUGGGGGGAUUUGGCGACGAUCCAGACGGCGUGGGGGGUGGCGUCGUAUAUUGCGACCGCUGGGGGAUCUGACGAGGACCUAGUGGUCGCCGCCGUGCUAGCUAUCAUCAGUGGCCUGGCGGACAACUGA